UGGAUCGGGACCUGGGGUUGUGCAGAGUCGGAGCUGGCUGCGGUGGGCAGCAGGAGGAUGCUUUUCCCCGGGUGUGGAGGCAUCAUUCCCGGCCCCCAGGAGGUGCCCUCGUCCCGGGGCCCCACGGAUGUUUCAGACCUGGGCCUUGGCCUUCAGUCCCUGCGCCUGUCGGGCUGGGACCGGCCCUGGAGCAGCCAGGAAACGGACACGCACACCCCCCCGUCCCAGGUCCAGACCAGCUCCCCCUCCAUGCUAGGCAUCCUGAACAGUCCCUUCAGUAGCAUCCUGGGGAAGCCUCAGGGCUACCUGCCCCACGAGUCCAUGAGCAUGACGGCGGACUUCCUGGAGAAGUUCCCGGGCAUGGCCCGCAUGGCCACCCGCCUGGACUCCAGCUCCUUCCUGGACUCCCGCUCCAGCAGCCCCGAGGACUCUGAGACCAGCGGGUUCAGCUCCGGGUCCGACCACCUCUGCGACAUGCUGUCCACCUUGCGGAUUUCCCCCCCCCUGCCCUACCUGGCGUCGAACAUGCAGAAGGACCUCCUGCGCCUGGGUUCCCGGCUGGACCCGCAGGACUCCAGCUCCCCGCUGACCCCCCCCUCCAGCGCCAGCCCCGGGUCCUCCUCCCUGUCCCGCCGCUGGCGAGCCGGCUCCCCCUGGCCCGGGUCCGACGCGCUGGACCCGGAGGAGACGUUCAGCAUCGAGAGGGAGGCGCGCCUGCACAGGCAGGCCGCAGCUGUGAAUGAGGCCACUUUCACUUGGAGCGGUCAGCUGCCUCCCAGAAACAACAAGGACCCUCUGUACUCCUGCAAGGUCUUUCUGGGGGGGGUUCCCUGGGACAUCACAGAAGCGGGUCUGAUCAACACCUUCAGCGGUUAUGGCCCUCUGACCGUGGAGUGGCCGGGUAAGGAUGGGAAGCACCCCCGCUGCCCUCCCAAAGGUAAUGUGGCCAAAGGCUACGUCUACCUGGUGUUUGAGAAUGAGAAGUCUGUGCGGGCUUUGCUCCACGCCUGCUCCCAGGACCCGUUUCACCCCGAGGACAACCGGGAAUACUACUUCAAGAUGUCCAGCCGCAGAAUGCGGUGCAAAGACGUGCAGGUGAUCCCCUGGGUGAUCUCGGACAGUAACUACGUGCGCUGCCCCGCCCAGCGGCUGGACCCGAGUAAGACGGUGUUCGUGGGCGCUCUGCACGGGAUGCUGAACGCCGAGGCGCUGGCCAGCAUCAUGAACGACCUGUUCGGGGGGGUCAUGUACGCCGGCAUCGACACGGACAAGCACAAGUACCCCAUAGGCUCUGGACGUGUCACCUUCAACAACCAGCGCAGUUACCUGAAGGCUGUGUGCGCCGCGUUUGUGGAGAUUAAAACACCCAAGUUUACAAAGAAGGUCCAGAUCGACCCUUAUUUGGAGGACUCGAUGUGUCAAGUUUGCCUUCGCCAACCUGGACCUUUCUUCUGCAGAGACCAG